AACUUUCACUUUCAAUUUGUGGCACGGACUCGGUUGUAUUUGGCGCCAUUUUAAUUGUGGGUGUCAGAGCAAAAGGACGAUAAAAUCAUGUCUGGUCGUGGAAAAGGAGGAAAAACAAAAUCUAAGGCAAAGAGUCGCUCUUCCAGGGCAGGUCUCCAGUUCCCAGUCGGAAGAAUUCACCGACUUUUGAGAAAAGGGAACUACGCGGAGAGAGUUGGUGCAGGUGCCCCUGUAUAUUUGGCAGCAGUGUUGGAGUAUUUGGCAGCAGAAGUACUCGAAUUGGCGGGAAAUGCAGCUCGAGACAAUAAAAAGACCAGAAUUAUUCCCAGACAUCUUCAGCUGGCCAUCCGUAAUGAUGAAGAGUUGAACAAGCUUCUUUCAGGAGUGACCAUUGCCCAGGGAGGUGUCCUGCCCAAUAUCCAGGCUGUUCUCCUGCCAAAGAAAACUGGAUCAGCAGGAAAGAAAUCUUCACAGUCCCAGGAGUUUUAGUGUGGGACCAAAAAAGAAAAUUUGACUCUUGACAGAAAGUUCAUAAUGACAUCAGAGAGAUGAAUGUGUUGUGUCCUUCAUAAUUGUUGUCCAAUCAACAAUUUACAUUGAUUGAAUGACUCAGAAUUCAUGGUCAAUCUUCGUAGUUUCUUAGAAUUUUUUUUUUGUCUUCAUAAACAGUUAAUAUUCUGUAUCUUCAGUUAUUUUAAAUGAAAGCAAAAUCAUGGCAAAGUGAGGGGCCCUGCUAAAGAUGAACUGUGUAGCAUGAAUUGUUUUAAUAAAUAUUGUUUGUUUUCUUAUUAAAA